UUUAUGGCUAAACGUUUCCAAAUGAAAAAGGAUAAAGAAAGCAAGAAGUACUGGGAGUAGCGUGAGUGGUGCUAUUUUGUCAGUUGUUACUGGCUGGGCCACUUUUGGGUUUGGUGAUAGCAAGAUUAAGGAUUUAGGCUACCAUCUUCUGAAAUUUUGCAAUCUUUUUCUGGGUUCUCAAAUUCAGUGGAUUUUCUGAUUUGGGUUCUCUUUUCCUUCAUCCAAGUCUUGAUUUUUAGCUUAGAAGCAAGGUAUAUUCAUUCAAAGCUUGCUUUGUUUUUGGCUUGAUAUUAUAGUUUUGAUCUCUCUUGAAAUGGGUAAGAAAUAGGAAAUGGAUUUUGAAGGAGCAGAGGAAGCAAGUCAAGUUUUAUUUUUUUGGUCAUUAUGAUGAUGAAGAGAUUUAAAUGAUAUUUGGGAUUGGAUACCCUUGAAUUAGAAUCUAAGUAUUUAUAGUGUUGCUGAGUGAAGUUUUGUGGAUAUUAGGUGGGAAAAGGAAAAUCUUUUGGGUUCGAAGAAGUGAGGUUUUAAAUUUUAAGAACAGAUUCAUAUUGCUGAGUUCUUAGUUUAUUUGUGUGAGAUUGUGGAGAAAAAAACAGUUUGAAGGCACCAAAGAUGGAAAAACAGCACAGUUUUCAUGGUGUUACCAUUGAGACGCAGCCAAGUGGGAUGAAGGCAAUGGAAAAGCAACAGAGUUUUCGUAGUGUAACGUUUGAGAAACAGCCAGCUACGCCCGGAGCGACGGAGGAUCAGAAUUUAUGUAUUGAAAAUCAGCUAAAUAGUCAUGGGGCGAUGGAGAAACAGAAGGGUUUUCGUGGGUUUUUGGAGAAACAGAAGAGCUUCCGGAUGGUGAUGGAGAGACAGUUGAGUUUUUUAGGUGGUGGUGAGAGGAAGAAGAAUAAAGAUUCGCCAGGUAAAAGAGGUGACUUGCAGCUGCAUCUGGCUGCUCGGGCGGGAAAUUUAAGUAGUGUUAAGGAAAUUUUUCAGAACUGUGAUGGAGGUGAUUCAAAGGAGUUGUUGUCACAGCAGAACCAAGAAGGGGAAACUCCCCUUUAUGUUGCUGCAGAAAAUGGGCAUGCUUCGGUUGUUGGAGAGAUGUUGAAAUAUAUGGACCUUGAAAUUGCAUCUAUAGCAGCCAGGAAUGGAUAUGAUCCAGUUCAUGUGGCAGCAAAGCAAGGUCAUCUUGAUGUUUUAAAGGAACUUUUGAGUGUAUUCCCCAACUUGGUUAUGACCACAGACUUAUCCUGUACAACUGCUUUACACACAGCUGCAGCUCAAGGGCACAUUGAUAUAGUUAAUUUCCUUCUAGCAACUGACUCAAACCUUGCUAAGAUAGCCAGAAAUAAUGGUAAGACUGCCCUUCAUUCUGCAGCCAGGAUGGGUCACGUGGAGGUGGUGAAAUCCCUGGUGAGCAAGGACCCAAGCACAGGUUUUAGGGUUGACAAAAAAGGCCAAGCUGCAAUACACAUGGCUGUAAAAGGACAAAGUGAGGAGAUUGUGCUGGAAUUAGUUAAACCUGACCCUUCAGUUUUAACCUUGGGGGAUAACAAGGGAAAUAUGGCAUUGCAUAUUGCCACUCAGAAGGGCCGUAAUCAGAUUGUACGUUGUUUAUUAUCAAUUGAGGGUGUAGAUGUCAAUGCAUUAAACAAGUCUGGAGAGAGCCCGCUAGAUAUUGCUGUGAACCUUGGAAAUCAAGAACUUGUUUCUGUAUUGAAGGAAGCAGGGGCAGUCAAUUCUAAAGACCAUGGGAAGCCCCCGAAUUCAGCAAAGCAGCUUAAGCAGACUGUUAGUGACAUAAAACAUGAUGUUCAGUCCCAGCUCCAACAGACCCGUCAAACUGGAUUCAAGGUCAAGAAAAUUGCAAAAAAGCUGAAGAAGCUCCACAUAAGUGGACUCAAUAAUGCUAUAAACUCAGCAACUGUUGUUGCUGUUCUCAUCGCGACUGUUGCUUUUGCUGCUAUCUUCACUGUGCCUGGACAGUUCGUUGAGGGUAAAUCAGAGGGGUAUUCCCUUGGGGAAGCCCACAUAGCAAGAAAUGCGGCUUUCCUUACCUUUUUUGUGUUUGACAGUCUAGCAUUAUUCAUCUCCCUGGCUGUUGUUGUAGUCCAGACAUCAGUUGUUGUGAUUGAAGAAAAAGCAAAGAGGCAGCUUGUUUUUGUUAUUAACAAGCUCAUGUGGUUGGCUUGCCUCUUCAUUUCAAUUGCUUUUGUUUCUCUCACAUAUGUGGUAGUGGGCAAGCAUUCAAGGUGGCUUGCUGUGUUUGCAACAGUGAUCGGUGGUACAAUAAUGCUGACCACAAUCGGCUCUAUGUGCUAUUGUGUUGUUUUGAAUAGAAUGGAGGAGAAAAAAUUGAGGAACAUAAGGAGAGAAAAAAGCCGGUCUCAUUCUUUAUGUGUGUCUAUAGCUUCUGAACCAGAGAUCUUGAAUGGUGAGUACAAGAGAAUGUAUGCCCUUUAAGACCUCAGAAUUUGGAGAAAAACGAUAAGGAACGGGGGCACUGGGGGGUAUAUGAUUCUACGUACUUGAGUGGAUGCUUUGCAUAUGAUUAGAUUAAACUAGAAUUAGCUGUGGGGCAAGUUGAAGGAGAAUGAUGACUAUGUGGUUCCAGGUAUUGUUGACGCUGGAUAUGUGCUUUCACAUGGAAGUUUCGUCCAAAGGGGUAAUGCAGUUUCCUUCUCCUUUAGCUCUAAGAAUUUAGCCUUGCAUGACAUUGAGAUUUGAUUAUGAAUCCUAAAUCUAGUUACAGGCAUGGUGGAAUCAGUCGACUCAGAGAGCCGGCAAUGGACACCAACUGUCGUUGGUUCAAUUGUCUGCUUUUGAGUUUUGUGUUGUAAUGUUGUAACGGUAUAUGAUGUUUAUAAUCAAUUAAAAUAGCUUCCCCACUGGAAGUUUUUAUCUUGAACAA